AUGGCUCGCUCGCUGCACCUCCUCCUGGUCACCCUCAGCGUCGUGCUGCUGCUCUCCGGCCCGGCCGCUGCGCAAGGCUUCGGCAGCCGCCUCCUCCGCACCUUCUUCGUGUUCGCCGAACAGCCCCUGUCGUCGUCCGUGGCCGAGGCCAACGGCUGGUCCCGCCUCUCGUCGACCUGCGACCCCGACGUGGGCUACGCCUACGCCCAGUCCCCCAGCGGCCCCACCAGCCUCUCCCCCGUCACCCUCUACUACACCGCCGCCGGCCAACUUUCUGGCUUUGGCGUCCGCGUGUCGGGUAAGAUCGAGCAGAACCUGGUCAACCACGGCUUCUGGCGUCGCGUGGCGGGCCAGUCCGACACCUACGACAUCUACAUCCGCACGCGCGAUGCCAAGUUCAUGUGCUCGGGCGCCAAGUCGCUCGACGUGAUCGGCGAUCGGUUGGAGAUCAACUCGUUCUUCACCGUGCCGCUCAACCAGUCGGUGGCGGUCAAGCAGGGCUGGGCGCCGGGCAACUGCAUCGGCCGAAUGGGCAUCCACCACUCGUUUGAUCUGGCGGCCUUCGGCGGCAACUCCUGGAACGCGUCGACCCUGGUUCCCGUGCAACCUAUGUACGACGCCCAGCGCCACACCAUCAACGCCAUCCUCUUCAACAUGCCGCACGCGGAAUAUACCGAGCCCAUUGGCAUGUUCGAGGGUCCGUUCACCAACGGCCUCUUCUGCAAGAACUGGUGCGCCGACUCAGGUUGCACGUUCGACAUUGGCUUCCACCUGUGGAGCACGAUGCACUUCCACUUUGUCGACCCGUCGACGAUCUCCUGCACCGGCUCGCCCUGCGUCUUGUAA